GACAGGCUGAUGCUGCUGAGCUGCUGAGCUGCUGAGGAGGAUACACAGCCAGAGGAAAUAUGCCCUGCCCAGCAGUGGCUUUGCCUGUUUGAUGAGGUGACCUAUGCAUACCAAGUGUUUUUAAGUCCGGGUUAUCCCCUUGUUUUUGGUUUAUCAUGAGCAUGGAAGAUUAUGACUACCUGUUCAAAAUAGUUCUGAUUGGAAAUGCUGGAGUUGGGAAGACAUGUCUUGUCCGGCGCUUUACUCAGGGCCUUUUCCCACCUGGACAAGGGGCUACUAUUGGAGUGGAUUUCAUGAUUAAAACAGUGGAAAUCAAAGGGGAGAAGGUCAAGCUGCAGAUAUGGGACACAGCUGGGCAGGAGAGAUUCCGCUCCAUCACUCAGAGUUAUUACCGUAGUGCCAACGCCCUCAUUCUCACGUACGACAUUACCUGUGAGGACUCCUUCAGGUGCCUUCCAGAGUGGCUGAGGGAGAUCGAGCAGUAUGCCAACACCACCGUGGUGACUAUAUUAGUCGGUAACAAAAUAGAUCUGUCAGAGAAGAGAGAGGUCCUGAGACAGAGGGCUGAAGACUUCGCUGAGUCUCAGAGCAUGCUGUAUCUGGAGACCUCCGCCAAAGAGUCCGACAAUGUUGAGAAACUUUUCCUGGACCUGGCCUGCGAACUCAUUCGAGAGGCCAAACAGAACAAGCUGGAUAACAAUGACAAUGCCCCAAUGCCCGGCGAGGGUAAAGCCAUCAGUUACUUGACCUGCUGCAACAUCAAUUAGAGAGGGCUCAGCACAUGGUAACUUAGUAGUCAUUGACUGUAGAGGACACAUGGCAGAGCCCCAAUGCCUAGGUCCCUCUAAGAUGGCAUAAAGCCACUUCUUAGUCAUUUCUAGCCCCAUGCCUUUUUUUAAGCUCUACACGGAAGUAAGUCAACUUUAGUUUGGCCUUACAGGAACCAGCAUUUUAGAUGCUGUCGUUCUGGAGAUAUUGUCAGCCAUGCAACAGGAUGUAUAGUUUUCUGCCUGUUGCAUCCAGGAAUAUAAGUAGGGCUCCAUUUGUCCUUCUUAAUGGUCAAAUGGCAGAUUUAUUUUGCUGUUUGGGCUUUAGUAUCCAUUUUCAAUAAACGUUUAUUUCCACCAGCAGUAUUAUGUGACUAAAAGGUUAUACCAGGUAUUUUGUUACAGAUUCCAAAUAGCUGACAACAAGUGUCAUGAUCAUUGGAGGUUAUCAGUAAAUGAUAACAAUAUGUUUACAUACAGUACGUUUUUCAGAUGACCAAGUCUGAUCAAGUUGCAAAAAGGUUUUUCAAACUUGCCCUAAAAUCUUUUGAACAAUCAUUUAUUCCCCGCUAGGUUCUUCUGCUCUGAGAACUGCAUACAAUUUGUAUCUAAUUUAUGUGUAGUUAUUUGCACCCGUCAUAACAAACUGAAAUAUUUGUUUCCAAUAUAGGAUUUCUACUUGCUGCUAAAAUAUUUCUUUUGUAUCGGAUAACAUUAAUUGAAACACAUAUAAUUACUACAUUGACACAUUAUUAUGUGACAUUUUCUUUUUUUUAGCAUACAUGCAUUGCUUCGAUUAGUCUGUUGAUAUGAUAUAAAGCAUUUGGAAAGGCCUCAGAUAUUGGCAAUCAUCAGUAGAAAAUAUAAACAUUUUAAUCAAUUGACUUUUUUAUUUGUCUGUCAGCUGUUUCUUUUACCCAUAGACGUAAAUAAUUCUCUGCCUUUGUGGUUGCUGCCUAGCCAUGAAAUUGUAUCACUUCUUAUUUGUUUGAAGGGAUAUGUUCAUGUAGUUUCGUAUAAAUUGUUGUACUUCAUAUUCUUUUAAUGUGUAAUGUAUUGAUUGUCCAGCAUGUAUUGCCAUAAUUUGUAGUGUCUAACUUUAUCUUUUUAUAUAUUUGCCAUAACUGUAAUGUACUGUAUUGCACAAUACCAUAUACUGCACAGUUAUUAUUUUUAUUGUAACAUUAUGUCUUUUGUUGUACAGACUUGUUGUACACCUUGGCACUUUGCUUUUAUACUUAUUAUUUUCUGUAAUCCCUUCGUACAACCGGCGAGCAUUUUGUUUUGCCUUUUUACCUAGAUUUAACAGCAGUGAUUUAUUGUUAACCCUUGCAUCUCCUUGUCAACACAAUAUGGGAAAUUGGAAGGAAACGCUAUUGGGAUAUUGUGCUUAUUUUCCUUUAUGUGUACAAAAUGACUCCUAAAAAAAUUAAUCUGUAUAACAUUAAAUAAUUACACUAAA